AUGUCCAAGCGACACUUGCGAGCCGCAGGCGCUUUAGCAGCCGAGCCUGCUCUCGUCCUCGAUGGCAUCACCAGCAUCCACCCGCCACCUGACGCUCUACAAAUAGAGGCUGCUUUCGAUAGUGAGGCAGCGCGCAAGCUUUCGCCGUCGGAACUGAGCCAAGCCAAGGCUGUGCUCCAGGACCUGCGCGUCCCCAACCAACCUCACGGCCCCCCUGGAGGUCUCGCGCGCCUGACGGACGAAACUGUCCCCGAUCAAGUAUACACUAAAUGGCGACGGAAAUUGAUUGCCUUGACCCAGACAGCUGUCCCGGACCUGGUCGCCCAGCUCCUGAUUGCCCAUGAGGCGUGCGGCGCCGUCCACGGCGCAUCAGUUGUCGGCGGCUCCCUUGCCCGCUUCUACGUUCUCGGUGCGGGGUGCGUCGCAACCGACCUGGGCGAUCCAACAGGUCAGACACGCGACCUGUCGCUGCUCGCUCGACCCGGUACGACAUUGAGAAACCUUCUCUUAAACCCCAUCCUUCCAGCCUUUCUUGCGGCAGAACCGCGUCCAGUAUGCGCAUGGGACGUAGCCCCCUCUCCGCGACUUGGGCCACCGCUACAACUGCAAGUCCCCUUGGGAGAGGGCUUGCAUACUCUCGCCGCCAUGCUCGAGGCCGCUCGCGUGCGUGUUGAAUCCAACGGCCCUGUGCCAGCUAGACUGCCGACCAUCCUGCAGGAUGUGAUGGGUGUUGUUAAAGGGCAUCGUAUGGAUGUUCUGUUCACCGACCAGAACCAGAACUCCAAUGUGAUCCCGACCGUCGAUAUCAUUGACAGAUCCGUGCGCAUGAUUCCAGUCACCACGCACGAAAUGACCAAGCUCAUUGAAUCGGCCGAAUGGAUCCCGCAAGCCAUGUAUUCCUCGCUGGACAACUUGGCAUCGACCUUCCAAGCCUCUCCGUCCAAUGACACGCCGGCCGCACACGCGGACUCGGCUGCGACUGACGUCAAGACAAGCAGCCCCCGGAAGGGCAGCAUUUCAGCGACGGAAAUUGCGCACGACCCCGAGCCCGACGCAUGGUGGCAGGAGAAAUGGCCGCGCCCAAAGUCCUCCCACAGUAGCGCCCGGACCCACCACGUCGAGACCGAAGAGGUCGCCGACGCGGAUCUCGCUGCCUUCAAAUUAGGUCUGGCUGCUGGAACAGAGGACGAGCUGUUCGACCCCGACGUGGAGUUUUUCGUCUCCACUGGCGUUGACGAGCUCGCGUUUCCCUCCAUCUCCCCCGCUGAGUGUCCAUUACAAGACACGGUGCCGCCUGCGAAGAAAGGUGCCACCGAGCGCUCCUCCUUUGACACGAUUCGGGCAUUGAUCACGUCCACGGACCCACCCCAGCCGGACACGGAUACACUCGCCACGGUCGAGACGGACACGGAUACACUCGUCGCGGUCAAGACGGACACGGAUACACUCGCCACGGUCGGGACGGACACUGAUACCCUCGUCACGGUCGAGACGUCUCGCAAAGCCGCACCGAGCCUCCCGCCCCACCUCGCGGCUCUGCGGGCACUGUAUGAUCUCGAGGGCGAUGUCGUCAAGACGACCGAGGUGACCACAAAGGUCGAUCUUCCCGGCAUGCGCCAGUCGGCGAGCUCGAUGGGGUUCCGCGGGUCGUCUGGGACCGGACCGCGUCGCCCGGGAGAGGAACCCCCCAGUGCGGAGAAGUAG